UUAGUGAUUUUCCUUUAGAGUUGGAUUCUUACCGAGCUCCAUUUGAAAAUUUCUCUCUAACAGCUUGCCAAAAUCCAGCCCAUGGCGGCAACAGCGAACGCCUUCUUCCGCUUUUCUCCCGCCAGGUCUUCAUCUUCUCCAACAACCAACACUAACCGACCCAUUUAUUCCCUUGUAUGUCCCAACUCUUACAAACCCUUACCUGCUUCAAAGAAAAACCCCACUAUCAGUAUCUCCAGGAAAAAUGUUUUACAUGCAGAGAUUGGUGUGUCAAAGCCUGUAUACAUGGUACUGGCAUUUUCUGGAGUGGUAAAUGGGGAUUCUGAAACGCACCCAGAAUCGGAAACCAAGGACUCAAAGACGGAUGCAACUAUUGACAUAAAACUCCCAAGAAGAAGUUUGCUUGUACAAUUUACUUGCGAUUUAUGUGGUGAAAAAACAAAGAGACUUGUGAAUCGACUAGCCUAUGAACGGGGGCUUAUAUACGUACAGUGUGCAGGGUGCCUCCAGCAUCACAAGUUAGUUGAUAAUCUUGGCCUUGUUGUUGAGUAUGACUUAAGGGAGGAAAUAAAUGCUGAUGGAAAUAAAGAUGAAGUUUAAAAUAUGAAAUUGAAUUUGCUCUGUUAUGGUGAUUUGUUCUGUUGGGAAGUUCUGUGGUGAUUUUAAUUCAAACUUCAUCUUCAUAGAAAUAUUCAACAUGUAAUAGUUUCAAAAAAUAAAUACAAAAACACAAAAAUCAUCAUCCUUGAUUCAUUAUUCAUUCCUA